AUGAGCGACGCUAAUGACAUCAGAGCCAAGAGGCUUGCCAGACUAGCGGCCCUUUCGGGCUCAUCGACACCCGAGAAGGUUAUUAAAAAGGAUCCACCAAAACCGGUUUCGUCAGUUCCGCAAGCCGUUUCGCCAGCUCCACAAGUUGUUUUGCCAACUCCGCAAACCGUUUCGCAAACCGCCACCCAAACGAUGAUGGCCUCGUCAGACGUAUUCAACCUCUGGGCGUGCAGCGAAAUCGAACACGUUCUCCACGUCACCCUUACUGAGGACAAACCCGGCUUGCUCUACCUCCCCGCAACCCACGCGGACCUCACCGAAGACAAUGAAACCCUCUCUGCCGAACAUAUCGAGCGCAUCUUCAUGGAGGCACUCGUGGAACACGGCGUCGCGAACCCAUUCGCGUACCUCCGGGCGUGCUGGACAUCUGCGGCGCAGUCGCGGCGUCUUGUCUCUGCGCGUGAUGUCUUGCGUGCGCGUAAGCUCGCGUUCUUGGACGAGAUCCUGCGCCUUGCGCCGUCGUACGGGCUCAUCUGCUUCCAGAUCCCUGACAUGUUCUUGAACAACACCCCCGACGCCACUGUCGCUGCGUUGAUUGCCAACAUUGCCGACUACACGGACUUUCUCAUGGAAACCGUCGCCAAAGCUGUUGAAAACGACUUCUUGCUCGACUUCUUAAACAUUGUGGUGCCACGCUUGUCCGCAGUGCUCCUCCAGAUCGACCUCAAUGACCAGCGUUACGGCAGUAUCCUCACGAUCUUUCAGGUCUUGGUCUCGUCCAAGGCCGUUGCCGCAGUCUUUACCGACAUUGACAAUUUCCACCCUGAGGGGUUGGCCGCGCCCGAGUUUGAAACAAAAACGAUUCUCGGCCCGCUCUUGCGCUUAUCGCCGCUCCAGCCAUCGGUAUCGGCUGCGUCAUAUGCGGGCUCUCUCGAAAAGUCGCCGGGCGAGCUCAAGGCCAUCACCGAGGGCCUACAGUCCGAGUACAACACGCUUGUGUCGCGGCUUUUCAACAUCUGCGACCGAAUCGUGCGCGGGUCGCCGCGUGCGCGGCGCGCGUUGGUGCGCUACUUCGCGGCGUUGGCCAACGCGAACCACUUACGGCGCGGCGAGCGCGCGGACCGUGCGCGGGUCGCGGGCGACGGCAUCAUGUGCAACGUGCUGUUGAUCCUCGUGCUUUUGUCACAGCCGUUCCUCGACACGUCGCUUCAGAAGCUCGACAAAAUUGACAUUGACUUCUUCCUGAAGUCCGUGGUCCUUGACAUCCGCGAGGAAACGCGCAUCAACGCGACCAUCAAGGAGGCCGCGGUGUACGACGCGACCGUGGAUACCGACGCGAACUUUAUUUCGGAGUGUUUCUUCUUGACGCUCGCCUUCUUGCACUACGGUAUUGGCGGCUGCUACACACUCGAGGAUCGCUUAAAGGCUGGGAUCAAGCAGAUUGGCGCCCAGGUCGCAAAGUUGGAAGGCAUGGCGAAGGACCCACGCCAGCUGGUUAUGAAAGCGGUGAUCGAGACCCAGUUAGAGCGACUCAGAACCGAGAGACAGCGGCUCAAGUCGCAGAUCGACGCGUUGGUCUGCUUCUUUACGAACGCGCCGCAGCAGGAGAACAUCUUCGACUUUAUCGCGGGUGCAUGUGCGUUCAUGGUACGCGCGGUGGACCCUGUGCGGGCGCAUCCUGCGCGGCGCCUCGCGCUCCCGUUCCACGCGGACAACCUCAAGAUCCGCGACGACCAGGACCGUUUGCGGGAGCUCGCGCCGACGCCUUGGCGGUUCUACCCCGAGUUCCUCAUUGAGGGCAUCGUCAACUACUGUGCGCAUGUCGUCAAGUACACGCGUAACCCGCUCGUCGGCCAUACGCGUCUCCCCGCUCUCGUCGAGUUCGCGGUGGUGAUGCUUCGGUGCCCCGAGCUCGUGGGGAACCCACACUUGAAGGGCAAGUUGGUGGAGGUGUUAUUCUUUGGGGCCUUGCCGUCGCAGGACGGGUACCCUGGGUUUAUGGCCGCGGUAUUCGAGACGAACGCGCUCGUGCGUGCGCAUGUGUUGUACGCGAUCCUCGACUUUUACGUCGCGGUCGAGAAGACCGGUGCGUCGUCGCAGUUUUACGAUAAAUUCAACGCGCGCUACCACAUUUCGAUGAUCCUUGAGCAGUUGUGGAAGACGCCACUCUACCGCGAGCAGUUGCGCGAGUACUCGCGUGCGGAUGUGGAGUUCUUUGUGCGCUUCGUCGCGCGCAUGUUGAACGACACCACGUAUCUCUUGGAUGAGGCCUACGGGGAUUUAUCUGAGAUCCACAAUUUGCAAAGCGAGCUUGCCAGGAGGGCGAACUCCCAGUCGGCCCUGGCGAACCCUCCCAUGGAGGGGACUGAUGACGAGCUCAACGAGAGGCUCGACUCCGUGGAGCGCCAGAGCAAAAACUACGUCCAGCUCUCCAACAAAACGUUGGAGUUGUUCAAACUUUUCACGUCCGAAGUUCCACGCGCGUUUGUUUUGCCUGAAAUCGUCGACCGUUUGGCUGGGAUGUUGGACUACAACUUGGCCGCGCUCGUGGGCCCCAAGUGCCGUGACUUGAAGGUGGCCAAUCCUGAGAAAUACGCGUUCGACCCAAAGCAGUUGUUGGGCCACUUUGCGCAGGUGUACAUCAACUUGAGCGGCGAGGAGGAGUUCGUGCUUGCGGUCGCGCGCGAUGGGCGCUCGUUUGCGCGUGCUUUGUUUGCGCGCGCGGAAGAGAUUUUGGCGCGCUACCACAUCCUCCCUGCGGAUGCGGUCACCGCGCUUGGCAGCUUUGCCGCGCGCGCGGAUGCACAGAAGCGUGCGGACGAUGACGAAGAACUUGAGUUAGGUGACGUUCCGGACGAGUUCCUCGACCCGUUAAUGUACACGCUCAUGUCCGACCCCGUGAUCUUACCCGGAUCGAAGAUCAGUAUUGACCGCUCCACGAUCAAGUCGCAUUUGUUAAGUGACGCGACCGAUCCGUUCAACCGUAUGCCGUUGAAGUUGGAGGAUGUUGAGGACGACGUGGAGUUGCGCGCGCGCAUUGCCGCUUGGAAGUACGAGAUGAAGAAGGAUGUUUUGAUGGAGCGAUAA